CGGAGAGCGACCGCAGUGUACACCAUCUCCACGUUUUGGCAAAGGAGGUGGCGUCGUUGCCGAGUGCGCUAGUUCCCACUCUCUCUCUCUCUCUUUUUCUUUUUCGCCGUACGAUUAUCUGCGAACAGAUUGUUUUUAUUUUCUCGCCUUCCUGUGUAUCCUCAGUCUUUUUCCCCUGUGUUUGUGCGCGUGCCUCUGUCUGUUUCUCACCUUCUCUCUCUCUCUCUCUCUCUCUCUCUCUCUCUCUCUCUCUCCCUCUCUAUUUCUCUCUCUCUCUCUCUCUAUCUCUAUCUCUAUCUAUCUCUAUCUAUCUCUAUCUCCCUCACUUUCUAUUCCUUCUUUCUCAAUCUCUAGCUUCCUCGAUCCGUUACGCUCACGCGUCUUCCAUUUCCUCUCUUGCGAGUUGUGUAGAUCGUCGAUCUCCGCGAUUAUCGUUGUCGGUGUUGAGUUGGGUUUGGGGGGGGGGGGUUGUUCUCAUCAAAAGAACGCGAGGAAAAGUCGAAGAGAGUGAUACCGCGAGGACACGUGGGAAGCUUGCUACGGAGAGGUCGUCAUCGUCAUUACCCUCGUGUUCACGUGCUUCAAUUUCCAAGUGUUUCUUCGCAUUGUCCAAUCGGCUCGAUGUAUCAGAGAGAAGAAGAGGAAUGAUUAUGAUGAUUACGAUGACGCAUCUCAAACGUCAUCGAUUUUCCACAGACAUUUUCCGGAACGAUUAGCGAAAGGACACGCUUGGACGUCUAUCAAAGACAAACGGUUUAUUUUCCUUCUUGUGCGUUCUUGUGCCUUGUGAAACUAUUUUUCUUCGUCUUCAUAGGAUUUCCGGGAUCCGCAAACACGCGGAAUCAAACAGGCAGCGUGGAGCGCUCGGCGAUCGUGUGGCCGCGCGCCGCGGACCUCUACCUUUACCAGCCAGGGUGUGCAUUUCUCACCUACUACAGCCGUGACAGCGCCAUCAGUGCCCAGAACGCUCUACAUGAGAAGCGGACUUUACCAGGGGGUGUGACGGGCGACCGGCUGGCCGGGGGCGCCGCACACCUCCUCCAUCUCUUCUUCUUCUUGCCACGUCCACAACACACAAUGUAACAACAACUACCACUACUAGAGUCGUCCGCGCGAACCACGUUCUCAAUGUACUCGAUGUGAUGAACCGUCCUAUUCAAGUGAAGCCGGCGGACAGUGAAAACCGCGGAGACAGAAAGCUGUUCGUGGGAAUGCUCAGCAAGCAACAGACUGAAGACGAUGUCCGACAAUUGUUCGCUGCCUUCGGCACAAUAGAGGAGUGUACCAUCCUCCGUGGUCCAGACGGUAGCAGCAAGGGCUGCGCAUUCGUUAAGCUGUCGUCGCAUCAAGAAGCACUAGCGGCGAUAAAUUCUCUACACGGUAGCCAAACUAUGCCGGGUGCGUCAUCCAGCGUAGUGGUAAAGUUCGCGGACACUGAGAAAGAGAGACAACUAAGACGCAUGCAGCAAAUGGCCGGGAACAUGAGCCUCCUUAACCCUUUUGUCUUCAAUCAGUUUGGCGCCUAUGGCGCUUACGCCCAGCAACAAGCAGCGCUGAUGGCAGCUGCUACGGCACAGGGAACAUAUAUCAGCCCAAUGGCCGCUCUAGCCGCUGGACAAUUACCACACGCUCUGAACGGCAUGCCAAAUCCCGUCGUACCACCGACUUCUGGUUUGCUCGUAGGUUCCACAGGACAGCCAGUUAACGGAGCGAUACCGUCGUUACCCUCGCCGACGAUGCCCAAUUUCAACAUGGCCGCCCAAACACCGAACGGUCAACCAGCAGGUUCGGAUCCAGGUGUCUAUACCAACGGGAUACCGCAAACCUACUCGGGACAUGCCCUCCAUUUGUCGAUUCCAGCACAGGGCCUGCCCAAUGGGGAGGCGGCACUUCAACAUGCCGCCUCUUAUCCCGGAAUGCAAGCUUAUCCUCCUGGUGUCGCUUAUCCCGCCGUCUACGGCCAAUUUCCCCAAGCUAUCCCUCAGCCGAUGACCGCCGCUGUGGCACCUACGCAAAGGGAAGGAUGCUCUAUCUCAGGACCCGAGGGCUGCAACCUGUUCAUCUACCACCUGCCACAGGAGUUCGGUGACACCGAGCUCAUGCAGAUGUUCAUGCCCUUCGGCAACGUCAUCUCCUCGAAGGUCUUCAUCGACCGGGCCACUAACCAGAGCAAAUGCUUCGGUUUCGUGUCGUUCGACAAUCAAGCGAGCGCGCAAGCAGCGAUCCACGCGAUGAACGGAUUUCAGAUAGGAAUGAAACGGUUAAAGGUACAACUUAAGAGGCCCAAGGAUUCUAGCAAGCCAUACUAACCCACGUCCUAGCGUAGAAAAACUGGACGGAUUGCGCCCUACGUCAUAACUUACAGAAUGUCGUACGAGAACGCGAGCCCUUUGGAAGCUCGACGAUCAGGAGUGACGAGUUUGAAUCACCGCUACAGCGCUCCUCUCCAUCGUAAUAACCUAGUAUACUAGCUAGUUAAUUUCAUAGAGGAUAGUAUCUAGAGAUCGAGAUAGAGACGCAGCUUCGUCGCUCGCUAAAAAGUUAAGCCUCGACGAAGACGAAGGAGAUCCAAAGGAGAUCGACUCGGAUGUUUUCUUUCUUUUUCCUUUUUGUUUUCUUUUCUUUUCUUUUUCUUUUCUUCUUUUUCUCUUUUUGUUCUUUUCUCUGCGCUAAAUCCAAAUUCGAGAGAAGACUAAAGGGGCAAAAAAAUAUUAUACCCUUCGACAAAUGCAACGGCGCGAGGAAGUUGGAGCGCAUCUCUCUUCGCUGACGUUUGACGUUUGACGUUUGACGUUUGACGUUUGACGUUUGACGUUUGGAAGAAAGGAUCUUUGGUCGAAUAUUCUACUCGUCAUCCCGUUUCUUCCUAGCAUUUCUGUCGGAUAUUUUUUUUUUGCAAUCCCAUCAUUAUCCCCCCCGCCCCACUCUCCCUUCGAUCUAAACUCUCCCAACCCUUUUCUAUCGUUUCGCAAAAGAUUCAACCGUUCCAAUAUCCGCCGUUGUCGAAACUCUUCAGGGCAUUUUAAAGAAUGAGAAAAUAAUUUUCAAAAGACGAGAGAAGAAGGAGGAAGAAGAAGAAAGAAGAAAACGAAAAAACAAGAAAAAACCAAAGAAGCUCGACGAACUUGGGCUCAGCGUCAAGAUCCGAAAUCCUGCGAGGAGCUCAUCCGAGUGUCUCUCUCUUAUAUAUAAUAUUAAUAUAUGUAUAUAUAUAUACACAUAUAUACAUAUACAUAUACAUAUAUAUAUAUAUAUAUAUAUAUAUAUAUAUAUGUAUGUAUGUAUAUAUACACACGUCUAUAAGAAUUUUAACGCGUAUCGUCGCGCGCUGUAGGUUUUAUAUACACUGCAACUAGAGAGAGAACGUCAGUGCCGUGCGUCAAGAGAAGAAAUAGGCAACUUUCUAGGCUUCCUAGACUCACGGUCCUUCGUUGUCCCUGUAUAGCACGUAUUGAUUACGAUUGUCCUUAUUAACUUAUUAUCAUUAUCGCGUUAUCAUUCUUCUUAUCAAGUCGCGAGCGAGUUUCCGGCCGAAAGUAUAUACAUAUAUAUAUACAUAUUAUUAUUAUUUUUACUUUUAUUUUUAUAACUAUUAUUAUUAUUAUUAUUCUUAUUACUACUACUACUACUACUACUACUAUUAUUAUUAUUAUUAUUAUUAUCAUUGUGUAUAUAUAUAUAUAUAUAUAUAUACACACGUACAGAAUCCACACACGUACACAAAAACACACACAGAAAAGUUUCUACAGAUUUUCACAGGCGUUUAUCUCAAGGGUUGUUCCUUUUACAGCGUCGAGAUAAGGAAAAAGUAAAAUCAUUUUUCGUUCGACCGACCGCAUACUGCAUCGCCCGAGAAAUGUCAACUAGGCUGUGAUUAUACCGAACAUACAAAAAAAAAGAAACCAAAGAAAAAGAAAAACACGGAAAGGAAAAAACGAGCAACGGAAUCGGCGUUUUCUUUGUACAGAGGAAAAUUUUCACAAGAUCGUAUCGUACUCGAGAGAAGGGCAUGGACUAUCAUCAUCCUUAGUUGAUUCAAAAACUAAUCCUUUCUUUUUAAUUUUCCUGACUCACGCUACUACUAUCAUUACUACUACGACUACUAAUGCUACUACUAUUACCAUUGGUAUUACUGCUAGUACUACUACUACUACUAUUACUAUUAUUAUACUAGUCAACACUUCUAGUCGCUCGCACCUACGAGUGGAGAAACGAUCACGAGUUGAGAUUUUGAAGUAUUAUGGAUUACCAGCACGCUUUGCCAUUCUUCUUCGUCGUUAUAUCUAUCGAUGAUGACACAUAGUACAAUCACAAAAAGAGAUGGGAAGGAAGAGAGAAUGGCGGAGCGUACAAAACUUUUAUCCUGCCAGAAUCCGAGCUACUCCUCGGUCCUUCGAAGACACGUCAAUUCACGCGCUGGGAACACGAGAAAAACGUAUAUCUAUCGUAGCUCGUUAUAUUGUCUGUUGCGAUCUUUAGAAUUGAAGAGCUUCAUAUAUAUAGCAAAGCUAAGCUAGCCCAUUUUUUCUUCUAUCGUCGUUCUAAAAGAAGUAAAAGACCAAAGAUAAGGGAGCGAUGUGUAAAAAGAUUAGGACAUUUUGCGAGCGAUGCCCGGUCGGAUCCUGCGAUCGAUCGCGAUUAGCGGGAAAUAGAAAAAGGUGCGGGAGUUAAACCAAAUACUUAGGCUAAUUUUUUAGACGAUAGGAUGCAUAAGAUGAUCAAGCGGAGCGAUAAAAUGGAGAGGAGACGUUUGAUCUAGCGGAAAUAAUCAACCAAAGUACCAACUAUUACUUAUAUCUAUAUAUCUAUAUAUACAUAUAUACGUAUAUGGAUAUAGAUAUAUAAAUAUCCAUUAUUUGAGAAGAGGAAGUAUAUAAAUAUAUAAUUAUAAAUAAUAUAAAUAUAUGAGAGAAAGAUAUAAUAUAUAUAUACUAUAUAUAUAUAGUAUACUAUAUAUAUAUAUAUAUAUAUUGAUUGAAAGAAAACUAGAGACUUAGUAAAUUAUUAUUAUUAUUAUAGUUUUAGCCAAUGAGAACGUAACAGAUCCGCAUUGUAAGGCAGAUAAGAGCGAGAGAGAAAGAGAGAGAGAGAGAGAGAGAGAGAGAGAGAGUGUGUGAAAGUGAAAAAAUACAACAAAUUAUUAGCUUCGCGGAAUACGAAAGGGUGACGGUACGUUUAGUGCGACAUAAAAACAAAAGGAACUAGUCACGUGCGCCGUUUAGAGCGCUGCUAUGUAAUAUAUAUAAUAUAAAUUAUACGCACAUAUAACGUAUAUUAUAUAUAUUAUAGUAAUAUUAUAUACAUAUAUACAUACAUAAAUACAUACACAUAUGCAUACAUA